UGAUAAGCAACGACGUUGGGGGGUUGUCAGCUGGGCAGCACUGUAAGCUUCUAUGUGAGUAAGUAAGCAAGAUAAGCCACAAUUGUUCUGUGGCGCAUGCACGAGCACUGAAGGAGGCUAGGUCUGCCUAGCCCUAGAUUAUGAGGCCACAAAAAUCCCUCUCGCUUCCACGCCCGCCCCCACCAUUCCAAGCCAGGACUAGCGGCCCUCUACAGCGGGCACACUGGACGAUUGUGCGUUCCGCCGAUAAUUUUCUAGUGGUGGCAUUCCUCUCCUCCGCCUGGCGACCAACAACAACACAUCACGACCUUACUAACGACCACAGCAGAGGAUUAAUUUAAUAGCUCCUACAGACGCAGACUUCUUCGGUUGCGCUCUCGAGCUAUUUCUUCCUCCCCGUUCCAUCAUUCUUUUCCUUUCUGUUACCACGUCGCGGUGACGAUCCGAAAAGAUGUCGUCCUUUGAGUCUGUUGUCGUCAUCGAUGGCAAAGGCCACCUCCUUGGCCGACUCGCCUCUAUCGUCGCCAAGCAGCUCCUUAGCGGCCAGAAGAUCGCCAUCGUCCGAUGCGAGGAACUGAACAUCUCGGGCGAGUUCUUCCGCGCCAAGCUCAAGUACCACGCCUACCUGCGCAAGGCCACCCGAUUCAACCCUACCCGAGGUGGUCCCUUCCACUUCCGUGCCCCUUCAAGAAUCUUCUACAAGGCCGUCCGUGGCAUGAUUCCCCACAAGACUGCCCGAGGUGCUGCUGCUUUGGAGCGCCUAAAGGUCUUUGAGGGUGUCCCUCCCCCGUACGACAAGCAAAAGAAGAUGGUUGUUCCCCAGGCUCUCCGUGUCCUUCGUCUACAGCCCGGCCGAAAGUACUGCACUGUCGGCAGACUGAGCCACGAAGUCGGCUGGAAAUACCAGGAUGUUGUUGCUCGUCUGGAGGAGCGCCGCAAGGCCAAGGGUACCGCUUACUACGAGCGCAAGAAGCUCGCUCAGCGCCAACUCAGCGAGGCCAAGAAGAGUGCCACAGUAGACAGCAAGACAGCCAAGACUCUCGAGUCCUUCGGUUACUAAAUCGUCUUGUUUCCAUCCGUCUGCAUUUUUCUGAUACACCAACAACAAAACCAAACACAAUUCAUCCUUCCAUGGACUUGCAACUAGAACCGGCGUGUGGGUAUGGGAAACUCGAUCAUCGCAUUCACCUUUGUCGUUCCGCGCAAUUUCGAGGGAAAGGCAAUGGGGUCAUAAGGGUUGGGGGUUUAUGUCACUACUGGCUCUGAGGACCUGUGUUCACACAAUUCAUCGUCUUAGGCACCGAAUGAAAAAUGAACCAAAUCACGAACAAAAAAAAGAAAGCAAACAAAGCUGGUUAAAUGGGUUUAUCAACUAUGUGAUGCAAUUUUAAAACCUAAAGCCCCCCAACGGGGCUGAGCAUUGUGUUUAUAUUGACUUGGCGCACAGCUUGGAGGCGUCUUGUUGACUAAUUUAGGAACCGCACCGAGAGAAAGAGAGAAAAAAAUCCAUCAUCGAUGCCGAAAUUUAGAAUUUCGAAGUUCGUUAUUCUGAUUUCGAUUUGUUUCACGACGGUCUACGUUUAUUCGUUCGUUCGCUACGG